AUGAAUGUGGAAAGUCCUUUGUUCAGUCCUCCAAUCUUCAAUGUCAUAGGAGAAUCCAUACUGGAGAGAGACCUUAUAAAUGUGAUGACUGUGGAAAGUACUUUAGGGAUAGAUCAUCUCUUCAUGUUCAUCAGAGAAUCCAUACUGGAGAAAAACCUUAUAAAUGUGAUGACUGUGGAAAGUCCUUUGAGUUCAUUGAUGUUCAAAGAUGUGGCCAUCCAUUUCUCCAAGGAGGAAUGGGAAUGCCUGGACACAUCUCAGAGGGAUUUGUACAGAGAGGUCAUGUUGGACAACUACAGCAACCUGGUUUCUGUAGGCCUUUCUGUAUCAAAACCAGAGCUAGUCACCUGCCUUGAACAGAACAAAGAACCCUGGAUCAUGAACAUAGAGGAAGCAAAAGGUAGAGAACCAGCUUUGCUUUGUUAUCCCUUUCAAGAGAUGCUUCCAAAAGAGCACACAGAGGAUACUUACCAAAAAGAAAUAUCAGGGCUAUUUGUAAGUACUAAUCUUAGUGAAUUACACAUAAGAAAGUUCUGGGCAUGUAGAUCUGUCAAUGAUGCACCAGAAUUAUGUACUGUUGGAAAUGAUCUUCAUGAAGCACACAUCACUGGCAUUUCUGACAGAAAAGAUGAAAGAACCAAUACUGGAGAAAAACCUUUUAUAUGUGAAGCAUGUGGCAAGUCUUUUACAUGGAGUUCAUCACUUCAUAUUCAUCAGAGGAUCCAUACUGGAGAGAAACCUUAUAAAUGUAAAGAAUUUAGCAAGUCAUUUAAUCAGGCCUCAACUUUUAUAGUUCAUCAGAUUAUCCACACUGGAGAUAAAUCUUACAAAUGUAAUAUCUGUGGCAAGUCAUUUACUCACAUAUCAACACUUCAAAUUCAUAAAAGAAUACACACUGGAUUGAAGCCUUACAAAUGUAAAGAAUGUGGAAAGUACUUUACCAAAGGCUCAAAACUAAAAUUUCAUCAAAGAAUACACACUGGAGAUAAACCUUAUAAAUGUAAUGAGUGUGGAAAGUCCUUUAUUGUUAGCUCAUAUCUUAAAGUUCAUCAAAGAAUACAUACUGGAGAAAAACCUUACAAAUGUUCAGAUUGUGAAAAGUCCUUUACUGAUAGCUCAACACUUCAAAUUCAUAAAAGAAUCCAUACGGGAGUGAAGCCCUACAAAUGUAAAGAAUGUGAAAAGUCCUUUACCAGAUGCUCAACACUAAAAGUUCAUCAAAGAAUACACACUGGAGAAAAACCUUACAAAUGUUCAGAUUGUGGAAAGUCCUUUACUGAUAGCUCAAAACUUCAAAUUCAUAAAAGAAUACAUACGGGAGUGAAGCCUUACAAAUGUAAAGAAUGUGAAAAGUCCUUUACCAGUGGCUCAUCACUAAAAGUUCAUCAAAGAAUACACACUGGAGAGAAACCUUACAAAUGUAAUGUGUGUGGAAAGUCUUUUAUUCAGAGCUCAACACUAAAAUAUCAUCAAAGAAUACACACUGGAGAGAAACCUUACAAAUGUAAAGAAUGUGGCAAGUCCUUUAACAAUGCAUCAAAUUUUCAAGCUCACCAGAGGAUCCACACUGGAGAUAAACCUUACAAAUGUAAAGAAUGUGGAAAAUCCUUUACUGCAAACUCAACAUUUAAAGUUCAUCAAAGAAUACACACUGGAGAGAAACCAUACAAAUGUAAAGACUGUGGCAAGUCCUUUACGAAUACAUCAAAUUUUCAAGCUCACCAGAGGAUCCAUACUGGAGAUAAACCUUACAAAUGCAAAGAAUGUGGAAAGUGUUUUAGGACAGACUCACACCUACAAAGGCAUCACAAAAUACACACAGGAGAGAAAAUUUGCAGAAGAAAAGAAUGUGACAAAUCCUUUCCUGGAGCCCCAACACUUCAAGUUUAUCAGAGAAUCCAUAAUGGAGAAGAAAGUUAA